AUGUCCGGGCAGAUCCUAUCCUUCUUUAAAACCGGUCGUCAAACAGCUAUGGAGAGAAAAGAUAAUGCCCAAGCCCCUGAAACCAAUACCGAAAACCAACAAAAAUAUGCUCCCCCGCAGGGCCCCCCUCCCCCGAUAGUUCCUGAAGGCUGGAUUCCCCAAUAUGAUCCAACAUAUCAACGAUUUUACUACGUGAACCUCGCCACUCAAAGAUCACAAUGGGAAAAGCCACCUGGAACUGUUGAUGCCUCUAUAGUAGGAGCAGCAUCCAACGGAGGUAGCAAUGCUUGUUAUCAAACUCCCCCUGCGCCAAUGCUAGUAUCCCAAACUUCAACCCAUGAAGACCCAGCAACUUCUCAUAUGGGUUUCUACAAUCAACAGAUGGCGGAAAAGGAACAGCAAAAGAAAACAGGGUUCGCUAGCCAGGUCUCGUCGUUUUUCAAGCAUGGGUCUUCUAGGUCAGAGCCACAACAGCAGAACCCGCCCCUUGUGUAUUGCUCUCCUCAGGUACCUCAUCCUCAGGCAGCAUACAUGCCGCAGCAAAGGUCCAGUGACCUGGGCAUAGUUGGUUCUUUGGCUUUGGGUGCUGGAGGGGGGUUGUUAGCUGGGAUGGCCUUGGAGAAUGCUAUCACCAACGGUGGUGACGAGAGAUAUGACCAGGGGUUUGUGGAUGGUGCGGAUUAUGCCGGAGAGAACAGAUAUGGGGUUUCAGAGCAGUUAGAGGAAGAGAGCAUCCAAGGUGAGGGGACGGACCCAGAAGGCUUUGGCGAGGAUAGCUAGGGAGCUGGCUAAGGAGUAAUACCGGUGCUGGAAUCGGAAUUAAUGGUUUGCUCUUGUUUAGUUUGCGGUGGCCAAGGCUCCUAGGAACUAGUUUAUGGCGUUGUUUGAGCGCAGUAGUGGAGCAAUUGCGGGCUUGUUUGGGCUGUACUGUAUCAUAUUUGAUUCAAUGAGGACAACCCUUAAAUA